AUGGUACUUGUGUACAUAUCACCUUCAUCAAUUAGGGAACAAUGUGAACUAAAGAAGAAAUUAAUUAAAGAAGAUGCUCUCACAUGGUUUGACAAAGAUUCCAAUAAUGAAGAAAAUAUUUUGCUGAAUUAUGUUGGUGGUGUUGAUAUCUCGUUUGUCAAAGGUGAUGACAAACAUGCCUGCUCCGCCUUGGUCAUUUUAUCAUAUCCUGAACUAGAAGUAUGAUUUAUUUAAUAUCACACCGAUGUAAAUGUUUAAUAAAUUGUGUAGUUAUUAAUAUGUACAAUACGCAUAUUUGUAUGUAGUUAACUAGAUACACUAACGCCACAAACUGGGUAAGAAAAAUUGCUCCAAACUCUUUGCAAACUUCAGAUAAAAAGAUUAGGGUCAGUGAUUUCAAUGGCCAAAGGGUAGAUAGGGUUGGGAAACCCAGGUAUUUUUUUCUUCUGUCUUUUAAUUAGAUACAUUUAUCAACACAAAUUGUUGCAAUUACCAGGUCGUGUACGAGGAUUACGAAUUCGUCCAUUUAACUUCACCUUAUAUCCCAGAAUUCCUGGCUUUCCGUGAAGCAUCAUUUCUGGACGAUCUUAUAACGAAAUUGAGGAAGAAUAAUCCAGAACUACUGCCCAAGGUACUUUUUUGAACAAUCUUGGAAAUUAAAAUCGAUAAAUACGUGUUGAAAUUGCGCUAAUUUUUAAGGCGCGCAGUUGCGCCUUACUACUUUCACCGUGAUAGUACUUAACGCUUCAUUGCAUUGCGCUUGCAGGCAUUAACUGCAAAAAAUACUGUUUACAUAGAAAGGACAAUCCCCCGGAACCUGAAAAAUUAUAUAGCCAGAAAAAGCCACGAAGUCUUGUGUCGUCAACCUUGUAACAUUCUUGUUAUGUCAUGACUGUAUCAGACUUGUUAGAACAACCUUGUAACAUUCUUGUUAUGUCAUGACUGUAUCAGACUUGUUAGAACAACCUUGUAACAUUCUUGUUAUGUCAUGACUGUAUCAGACUUGUUAGAACAACCUUGUAACAAGUCUGAUUUUGCCAUCAAGGCCAAGCUUGUUACAUGGAAAAGCGUGUGUAUAAAAUGUAAUUCCGCUCGAAGUUUAAUGAACUCUCCAUUGACAUGCUGCUUUUAGACAAAUGUAAUGACUUGGUUGUUCAAGUAUUGUCCGUUGUGUGUGUUUAGUAUACCUUGUAAAUUGUUUCUGUAUAACUAUUGGGGCCGCUGUAAUUGGCAAUAGCUGUUGUGGUUUCCCAGCCAAUGAAUGUAUAAGUAUGAUGGCAAAGUAAAUAAAUAAAUAAGUUGUUAACAACUUGUUCCAAACUUGUUGCAACAACUAGGAACAAGCAGUGCGAACACAACUUGUCGACAGCUUGUGAACAGAUUUGUAACAACUUGUUUGCAGACCUGUAACAACUUGUGCGUUUUUACGUGUGUAGGUGAUAUUUGUUGAUGGCAAUGGCGUUUUACAUCCAAGAGGUACAAUUUGAUGUUUAUGAAAUCAUCUUCUCUGCACUCGAUUUUCACUCUAAUGUCUUCUUAACAAUUAAAACCGCAAAUACUGAAGAUUACACCUGAACUGACCGCCAAGUUUAAUUUCAGGAUUUGGUGUUGCAAGUCACCUUGGCGUGAUUUCGGACAUGUGCACGAUUGGUGUUGGAAAGACUUUAUUUCACGUUGAUGGCCUUGAGAAAAAUUCUGAACACAUGGAAAAAGUAGGUCAAAACAAACAGGUUUUUGUGGAUGGAAAUGUUUUGAGUGUUAUAUAGAACUCUAAGACACAACUCGGAGGACUUGCGAAAAAUUCAGUUAACCAUUGGCCCCACCAGACGCAGUAAGAAUGGUGACAAGAAACUAAAGCCCGCCGUAGACUAUACAAACGAGAGAAAGUUGCUGAGCUAACCGCCUCGCGUGGCGGCUAGCUCAGCUAUGCAUUUUCAUCGCACAAUUUGGGAAAACUACUCAACAACAUAAUUGACAAAAUCGUUUGCAUUUUACUCCAUUUUGUUCAAAGUCACAUGAAGAAACUAUGGUUUCUCAUUGGCUAAUUGAUUUGAGCAGCUCAGCACUAAGCUUGCAACAUCCGCAGACGUUGACGAGAUUUUUUCCUCGCGAGGUGAAAAAUAUCAAACACGAUAGAGAUUUUCCUCAUCAAAGCCUCGAGAGGUCAAAUCCUCACGACUACGAAAACUAUCCGCACAUGAGAGAGACUUGCUGAGCUGGUUGCCACGUGAGGCGGUUUGCUCGGCAAGUUUCUCUCGCGGUGUGCGGCAGGCUUAAAUAAGGCAUUCUACUACCACUGUCACCAACCAACCGGCGUAAAACUUUGACUUUUUACCUUUCAGAUUAACCAAUUACAUAAAGCUGGCGACUUUUUUCUCCUGGUUGGCGAUUCCGGGACGACCUGGGGAGCAGUAAGAUUGAUAUAUUAGAUAACUUUAAAAAAAUUCAUGAGAAAAAGACAAAUGAAAUCACUGCUGUGUCGGUGGUUUCAUAUGUAAUAAAAAGUCAUGUUCAUUUACAUAAACUUUAGCUUUGAUUUUAGGCUUAGACAACGUUGAUUUUUAAAAUUACUUCGCCAAUGAACUCAAUAAGAUGGGUCGUUUCGUAAGCCAUUUAUUUUAUUUAUUUAUAAACUUUACAAUCAACAAAACGAUUGAAGGUACAGACAACAGGACUGAGGAGUCCCAAAUCAAGUCCUGCCUACACAUUACAUUGACAUUGUAAAACAAUAGAGACAGGGUUACAACUUUAACAAAGCUACAAUACAAAAUUACAACACACGAUCAAUGCGUUCCAACCCAUCUUUACACUUUCCAAAGUUAAUAUGGUUUGGAAAAUGAUCAAGUUAGAAAAAAAAAUUAUACAUAUAGAUGAGUCAACAUUGUGCAGCACAGACAUAGACACAGAAUACAGUAAACAUCCUAAACAUGCAUGUGCUCCAAGCUGUCCCUGCAUUUUCCAAAGAUAGUAUUUCAAGAACAUAGACUGCCCGGGUGUUUUUUUUAUCUGCAUGGGUGUUCAAUUUAAUUUAUUCAAACAGACUGAAGCAAAGACAUUUUGGAAAUGCAAAGACAGCUUGGAGCGCUCUCAACUAUCAUGAACAACAAGUAAUAGAACAAGAGCGACAUUUAGAACAAAUGGCUUUCCAUGUCCUCGGACGAUCAACGUCAAAGAAUGUUUCAAGACUCGCGUUUAAAACACUCGCAGUCCGUGUUUUAUCAGAUAAAAGACACUCGGUCGGCUUUUGUUUUUUAUAUCUGUGUUAAAACAUGCACCCUCUGCAAACCGCAAGUUGUUACAGAGAUCUGCAAACAAGUUGUAACAAGCUUAUCCUUUUCCUUACAGGCGUUUAGAAGUACAGACACAUCAAAAAACCCAGUUUACGUUUCGAUUGGUCAUAAGAUAAGUCUGGAAACUGCGCUGAAGAUAUGCAAGCUAUGCUGCAAGCACCGAGUACCUGAACCUAUUAGACAGGUAUAAAAUCUAGUCAAAUAUUUCAAAUGCCCAACAACGAUUCUCAACGUGUUCUGUUAUAUUUUAGGCUGACAUUAGAUCACGUGAGUUUCUACGUCAGCACUACGAAACCAUGGUGACGAAAUGUUGUACCGACGAGGAACAUUGUGGAUCGGAAGGGGUAGCAAAAAGUUGGUGGGACUGGUGUCUAAUACUUUGAAAAGAAAACAUCUUAACUAUGCAAUGGGCACUUAUGGGCACAUGUGGAUAACAUUAUCUGCACCAUAGAUAUCUUAUAUACACUAGAUAGUGCAUCUAGUUAUUCUUGCAAUUCAAAGAUUGAAGCCGUGAUUGCAGACUCAGGAUAUUCCCAUGAAAUGAGAAGACUCGUAUGUUUUCUAUUUCUUAAACAGGGAACAUGAACAUUAAGUUAAACCUAUUCCAAAUACAUUUUCAAACUGUUCAAAUGAUGAAAGUUAUUGUUGUUUUUUAAGCGUUUAUUAGCGAGUGGGAAACUUCAACAUGGCCGCCAUCUAUUCAAAUGGGGAUAACCGCUGGAAUAUUCUUGGCUUCAAUUUUUACUUAGAGAUGCGCCAUCUAGUGUGUAUAAGAUAUCUAUGAUCUGCACUCAUCAGCACCGAUCAAAAUCUGGGCUUACGGAUUCAAAGAUUUGAUUACGAUUAACAUUUCUAUAGCCCAAAUUUCCAUGUGAAUAUGAUCAAGUGCGCUUUACAUCAAGUAUCACGCUUACCUAAUUACAUACUUAGACUAGACUAUUUUAUCUUCACAACAAUUGUGAUAUUACUUUCUUAACGGUGUUCAUCCUAACCCACCCUGUCAACAUUCCUUGUGGGAGGAAACUGGAGCGCACAGAGACUUUCGUCAGACUCAUUUCACAUCUGAGACCAUAGCGAGAAUCCAACCCACGAUCUAGACAUACGUGUUCUUUUGUACAAACACCAAUUAAUUCCAUUAGGUUUUUUAAUGGUUGUAUAAUAAUUGUUAAAGCUCAUCAGGGGGCAAUAUUUCCCAUUUCUUAAAAAGGGGGUGAGAAUUCCGAUGCUGCAUGACAAAGAACUCGAUAACACUUAGCUACGUUACCAUAAACAACCUUAAACAUGAGUAAAUUUUGAACUUAAUCUUUAUGAAGAAUACCUAC